ACUAAAAUGGCUGAAUAUUAAUUGCGCAUCUUUCAAACGGGUGUUUUUUUUGUUGCUGUACAAAUGCGUUUGACAACUCUUAAGAUGAUUUUGAUCGGCUCGGCAUUGUGGCGUGACGAGGCUAGUUUUCGCUAAGAUACACGUGCGCUCGCAGCAGCUGAGCUUUUGCGUUUGUCGACUCAGCUCUGGGCAAGCGUGCCUCGCUUAUCCUGUUAAGGCGGCCCAUUGUUUUGUGCAAAAACCUUUUAACAGCAGUCCCCCUUUUGGAGGGGGGGGGUCAAUGGUAUAAGCAAGAGGAUGAACGAGUUACUAAGUCAAAAGAUGUUCACUGUUUCUAUUCCAGCAUCCUGGCAAAGAAAGAGUCAACGUUUAAACAGCACGACAGCAACGGCACUGCGAUCGAUGCAUGUGGCCCUGGGCAGGGAAGGUCAAGGGUCACGACGAUUUGUAACAGCGUGACGACUAUGUCAACGGACAUCACAGAUUCCGAAGCUAAAGAGGAGGAAACUCUGCCAGGAAAGUCGGAGCAAAUACGGCAGGAAGUCUGCGAGGCUCUUGCAUCCCUUAGUGGCCAUCCAUUGACAAGCUCCUACACGCCAGAAAGGAGGCUAAAAUGGAACCUGAGGUCUAUGAAGCCGCAGAUCCAGGUUUCCAUCAGCAAAACAGAUCCAGCGCUCCUCAGUGGCCAUCCAUCGUCAAGUUCCUUCAUGCCACAAAAGAGGAUGAAACGAAACCUGUGGUCUAUCCCGCCGCAGAACCAGGUUUGCGUCUUCAAAUCAGAUAACCUGCACAACAAACUCGUCAAAGGUGUGGCGAAAAAAGACAACGGACUUCAGGCUGCAGCUCUGAGAAGUUUCAUUCACAUAUGUCAACCUUACUUUAACUUCCUGGAAACCACAGCCAGAACUUCGAGGUUGUCCACUGAUACUGAGCAUGCACAGAAGUUGUUGGAGUUCUCUCAGGAACUGUGUGAUGUAUUGGAAAAUCUGGUGCAGACCUACGCCAGCCGCAAACUUGUCACUUUGGACGAGACAGAUCCUGACAAUCUGUCUCACUUCUGCAUCGGCCACAUAGAGAUGGCUAAACUGAGACUAAGCGUGACAGCGUUCCGCUACUGUCAGCCCAUGCCAUACCUGGUAAAGGAUAACACCGGCCUGUUCAAGCACAUGCGCUGGAACGUAGAGAGACUCGAUGGAGCAAAUGGACAAGCGACAAAGUACUACUACCUGUGCUAUGAGGAUAUUCCCAAUAGGCACGCAGAUGGUGGCAAAUUGGAUUCCAAAGCGGUGCGGAUGUGGUCUAUUGGUCAGUGGGUUCAGGUGAAGCCUGAUCCCUCCACAGAGAACAUCAUUGACUGGGUGCUGUGUGACGUUCCGGAGGGCGCCUUUGAGAAGCUGCUGUCUGUAGGCAAACAAGAGCCGUCCAGCCGCACAGCCAACGACCAAAUGCUGCAGUUGAUCGAGUCUCUGGAGAACAUUAACUUUCUGUUAGACUUGAGAAUCAGUCAAGAGACUUCAGAAGAAUAUUAUUCUGGUGUAAACUACAAUAGUUUUGCACCAGGGGCAUAUGCAGGAUAUUAGUCAUGUGAGGAAAACCAAAAUAGGAUCUCUCCAUAAGCAGAACUUGUUUAGUUAGACUGGCCGUUUUACAUUGUUUGCAAAAUUUAUCCACAAUACUUUGUCUAGAAAUAAUUAACAUUAUGCAUGUUUGUGGUGCUCAGUCUUUGAUAUUUUGGUCAUUGUGAAAAUAAGAGUUUGUAAAGGUUUUGGACAUUUUAAAAUUGACCUUUGGUAUUGUUCUUGUAAAAUAAUGUUGCAGAGUUCUUAUUAAAACAUCUUCAUUAUA